AUUGUCUUUGUUCUCCAGACCGCAUGGGGGCGCUACAGCGCAAACACAAGACAACCUCAUACCAGAAGUAGGAAGCCAAACAGUUCCGACAGUUUACCGAACUUCACUUAUAACAUCUCAUCGUUCAAAAAAACACUUUUGCAGAAAUAAAAAAAAUGUAAUGGAAAAGGAAGACCGCAGCUUUUAAUUAAAUAGCCUCAGGCGUUGGUAUUUCUCAGCCUCCAUCCAACGAGACUCGAGGUUACGACCAACAACAUUGCAAGUCAUCAUUAUACAUUUUAAACUCAACUAGUUUUCUAGUUAUCUCAGGGAUUAAAUCCCUAUGCUAUGGACGAGGACUCUGAAGACCCGUCCAGCCCGUCUCCAUCCUGCUCCACUGAACCCCAACCCACGGUGUCCCCGGGUCCUGACAGGAACCAUGGCAACCAGGAGGACAGUAACCAUGGUGAUCAGAAAGACACACCGCAAGGUCAGGAGAGGGUUACUGUGAGUCUGGACAUCAACAGUGAAACACCAACAUUUAAUAUCGUAGUCAAAGAAGAAGAAGAAGACUGGGAACUAGAUAAUACAGGAGAGAGUCCCAGCCAUCACUCUGCAGCCGGGGAGAGUCCCUCUACAUCAGGAGAACCUGAACAACACCAGAUGAAACGCAGAACGAGGCAGAAAAAGACGCACCCAUGCCCAGAUUGUGGGAAAUACUGCCAGACAUUAUCGGCGCUACAAAUACACAUGAGAACCCACACAGGAGAGAAGCCUUACGCUUGCUUUGUGUGUAAGAAAACAUUCAUUAUUAGACAAGCUUUGAAAACACACCAGCGAACACACACAGGAGAGAAGCCUUAUACCUGCUCUGAGUGUGGGAAGGGCUUCGCUCAUCAAUGUAGUUUGAGAUACCAUCAAAAGAGGAAUUCUGAACAGAUUAAAACAGACCCGAAUGAGAAGAUGACCUGCUGCUGUGGACAAGAGUUCUCCUCAAAGUGCGUUCUGGAGGUUCACUUGAAGACGGACACGGGAGCCAAGCCUUACACCUGCUGUGUGUGUGGCAAGAGGUUCAAUAAAGAAUCAUUGAAAGAACACCAGCGAUCCCACACAGGAGAGAUGCCUUACUCUUGCUCUUUCUGUGGCAAGGGUUACUACCACAAACCGGCUUGGAAAGCCCACGAGCGAACGCACACCGAGGAGAAGCCCCUGUGCUCCGUGUGCGGACGGACCUGCUCUAGUAAGUAUACGUUAAAAGUCCACGAGCGAACGCACACAGGAGAGAUGCCUUUCCUCUGCUCUGAGUGUGGCAAGGGCUUCAUCAGUAAAGGACUCCUGAUGACCCACGAGCGAUUCAACUGUUCCGGGGGAGAAGAACGACGGCAACCGAAGAGGUUUCACAAGUGUCCGGACUGUGGGAAGGAGUUCACACAAGCAAACAAACUGGAGAGACACGUGAGAACACACACGGGAGAGAGGCCUUACCAGUGCUCUGUGUGUGGGAUGAGGUUCAACCAGAAAGGGAAUCUCAAAACGCAUUUUAAAGUGCACACAGGCAGGGAUCCCAGUUUGCUGCCUGACAUGGACAUGAGGACGACUUCUUCAGAAGCAGCGAAACAGCCUCCGGAUAACAGACAUAAUGUUGGGAAACCACAACAAUUCCUGAAUCAGAUUGGCAAGGAGGGAACCCACAACCAUCCGGCACCACAAACCCACAACCUACCGGCACCACAAACCCACAACCUACCGGCACCACAAACCCACCACCUACCGGCACCACAAACCCACCACCUACCGGCACCACAAACCCACAACCUACCGGCACCACAAACCCACAACCUACCGGCACCACAAACCCACAACCAUCCGGCACCACAAACCCACAACCAUCCGGCACCACAAACCCACAACCAUCCGGCACCACAAACCUACAACUAUCCGGCACCACAAACCCACAACCUACCGGCACCACAAACCCACAACCAUCCGGCACCACAAACCCACAACCAACCGGCACCACAAACCCACAACCAUCCGGCACCACAAACCCACAACCAUCCGGCACCACAAACCCACAACCUUCCGGCAGCAGCGCAGAGGGGGGGAAGCCACCACCUCCCGGCAGCGCAGAGGGAGGGAAGCCACCACCUCCCGGCAGCGCAGAGGGAGGGAAGCCACCACCUCCCGGCAGCGCAGAGGGAGCCACAGAAACCCACCAUGUCCCCCAGGGGAGAAAAACACCACCUCUGCCCUGAAUGUGGCAAGACUUACACCCGGGAAUACGACCUCCGAGUCCACCUCAGAACGCACACGGGAGAGAGACCGUACCGGUGUUAUGACUGCGGGAAGGCCUACGCCCGGAAAAACAAUCUCCAACAACACCGGCGGUCGCAUGCUCCCAAGCCCACGGGACCGACCCGCCAUUUAGGCAGACCACCCAGGGUGGGCUCUAGUAGUGGAAGGUCCAACCAAUCACCCAGGGUAGGAAGAGCUAAGCAAAAAAUGCAUACAUCAAUGUAGAUAUGAGAGACUCAUGCCCUUACCGCAGAUGGAGAGAGGACACUGGCAGUUCUGGCACCUUGAAACACGGGGCUGGGUCUAUAUCUUCAUCCCAAAUGGCACCCUAUUCCCUAUAUAGUGCACUACUUUUGACCAAGGCCCAUAUGGGGACCUUUAAGGGCUCUUCUGAAAUGCAGUGCACUAUAUAGGGAAUAGGGUGCUAUUUUGGACACUCACAAUGCCUCUUAUGACUACAGAAUCGUUAUUAUUUCUGGUGUGUGCGCGCACGCGUCUGUAUGCACGCGUGUAUUUGUGUGUGUGUUGUUGUGAUCAGUGCAAAACUGUCCACUGUGCUUUGUAAGAUAAUCAUACUAUGUAAUCCUGUGCAUUUUAUUUCUUGUUUAUUUUAUAUAUAUCUUAUUUUACUUAUUGAAGCUAUCAUGAUACUAAGAAAUGACUUGCAUUUCAUAUAACGCCAUGGUCCAAUAAAUGAACAUUUGGGGAAAAACGUCGCUCCUUUAUUACCCCUUAUCCAGGGCACGAUACACCGACGUCACAGAUGCGCGACUCUUUCGGGCGGCAGUAAGGAAGCCAUCGUGAUCUGCUCUCGUUCAACAUAGCCUAGAUUUACGUUUUUAUUACUUCUAAAUAAAAUAAACGUUUUGGUGUUCUUAUA